GCGUUAGGCACAGGUCUUUCCCUCGAUACAUUUUUGGAGCCGCAGUAGUGAGCUGUUAGCAUUGUUACUUUCUUAUUUGACCGUUUUCCCACGACUAUAUACUUAAACUAAUGUACUUCCAUCUCGCAUUAAUGUAGACCACAUACUUUUGAAGAUGCAGCUUCCCUCUCCUGAGAUCCUCGCCUCUUGGCCAGUCCCGAAUUAUGAUGACCCUAUAACGCGAGGGUAUGGUGUUUCAACCGUCACUGCAAUAUUAUUGCCUCUAGUUCUAUCCAUAAUAUUCAUCAGGCUCUACACUCGACUUGUAAUGUCAAAGAGUUUCGGAUUGGAUGACUGGCUCAUACUUGCAGCAGUUCUGCCAUCGACAACAUUUGCUUUCCUCGCCAUUCUCGCAGAGAAAAAGUUUCACUUCAAUCGACAUAUAUGGGAUGUUCCAUUUAAUCGGGUUACCUUUGGUCUACAAUACCUUAUAAUCGUACAAAUCGUUUUCACUCUUGGACAAACCCUCACAAAAUGUUCCAUGAUGGCAUUAUAUUACCGAAUUCUAUCAAGCGGGGGAAGGUUCAAGAUGAUGACUGUUGCGGCUUCCAUUAUUAUCGCCGUUCAAGGCCUUGUAUUCAUUAUCGUUACUAUUUUCCAAUGCCGACCACCCUCUCAUUACUGGCUUAUAACGUUUGCUCCUCAGCCAGAAUGCAUCAAUGAAACUCUUCAUGUCACGAUUGCUGGAGUCAUAAAUACCGUGACUGACUGUAUCGUCGUUUUAUUCCCAAUCCCGAGAUUGUUACAAUUGCAGAUCUCUCAUCGUCAACGGCUCAUCAUUAUUUUUCUCUUCGGCGCCGGAUUUCUCGUCUGUGUGGCUGGGGCUGUGAGAACAUACUACACUUAUUUAGAGUUGGUUUCAUCGGAUGUGACAUGGGACACUUAUUAUGUUUGGAUAAGUAGUACCGUUGAGCUUUAUGUUGGCAUAAUUGGAGCGUCCGUUCCUGCCACGAAACCUUUCUUCACACGUUACAUACCUUUUAUCCUUCCCCGCUCUUUACAUUCCAGCCGAAAUGAGCAUUAUGCCAUCUCCUCAGCGGACAAGGGACCGUUCUCAGGAUCCACAACAGUCGCUACUCCAAGAGCCUCGCGUAUCUCACGCAAACUCUCACGUGACGAUCUUGAACUAGGUGAUGUUCGAGAGCGAGAACUCAGAUCAACAAGACGCUCAAGGAAUCUGGAUGCAAUUGAAGAGAUUGGAAGUGAUGCCAGCAUUUCGAGUUUUAUGAGAAUGGCUGAGGGGGAAGGGAGAAGGAGUAGUGAUGAAUUUAAAAGCGACGAAAACGAGAUAGGAAAGAGAGAUAGUGAUACGAGACCAAGAAGUGAGGACACCUUUCGCUACACGACGAAUUCGAAAGAUGAAUCGAUCGAUGAAGGAGAUUUGGGUAUGGCGGCUCAUUACAAGCCGCGAUAUUCCGUGUGAGGAAUGGCGGACUUGGUAAAAUAGGAACGGAGUUUUUGAAAAGUUAUGUCUAUCUAAGGAGUCAAAGGGGCGUCAAGCGAACGGUUGGUUGAUGAAAAUACCCAUCUCUCUGAGAGAUUGAGCAAUGAGAUUCGAUUUUUGCAAUAAUAUCUGUAUAUAGUAUAGUUUUGUGCUAGGAACAAUACUCUACAAUGUAAUUU